UCUAAGAAUUUUAUUUUUAAUUUUUAUCUUCGUUUUGAUAUGCUAAAUUAUUAAUAUAAAAUUAUUUUACCUAGCUAGCUUCAUUAAAAAAUAAAAUGAAAAGAUAAUAAUUAAAAUAAUAAUAUAAUCAAUCUCAAUCAUUCACCUGCUUAAAAGGAAGGGAGAGAGAGUCAAGAAUCUUCGUCCAUUAUAUUUGAUUAUUUUUAUUAGUUUGAGAUAAAAAUAUCAGCGGAAUAUGUCGGGGAAUCUCGAGUCUUCUUUUUCAUCGUGCUUGUUAUCAUUACCAGCCUUGAUGAUUUUCUCUCCCAGUUUAUGGUUUCUCUGAAAGGCUACAGAAGGAAGCACACAGUUUUUGUUGGUUACAUGAUAGGACAUUGUGUGUAGUUUUAUCUCAGUCAUCAAGUGGCUCUUUGUGGUAUUGCCAUUUUGCAUGUUUGUUGCUGUGAUAUAUGAGGAAAGGGAGAAUGUUGGAUUGCUAAUGACUACUUGAAUCGUUUUAACAAAUUUGUAUGGAGUGUGCUGACAUCUGGAAAAGAUCAUGGUGCAGUGCUUAGAAGGAUUGAAGCAUUUGUGUGUCCAAGUGGUUAAUUGUUGUGAAGCUGAAGGAUGUAAACAACCAAGGGGUCUAGAAGAUCCAGAAGUUCUAGCAAGGGAGACAGUCUUUAGUGUCAGUGAAAUAGAAGCUUUGUACGAGCUGUUCAAAAAAAUUAGUAGUGCAGUAAUUGAUGAUGGGUUGAUUAAUAAGGAGGAAUUUCAACUUGCAUUGUUCAAGACUAACAAAAAAGAAAGUUUAUUUGCAGAUCGGGUAUUUGACUUGUUUGAUACAAAGCAUAAUGGGAUACUAGAUUUUGAUGAGUUUGCUCGUGCUCUCUCUGUCUUUCACCCUAACGCACCAAUUGAUGAUAAAAUUGAAUUUUCCUUCCAAUUGUAUGACCUCAAACAGCAGGGUUUCAUUGAGAGACAAGAGGUAAAGCAAAUGGUAGUGGCUACGCUUGCUGAAUCUGGCAUGAAUCUGUCAGAUGAUGUUAUUGAGAGUAUUAUUGACAAGACCUUCGAGGAAGCAGAUACCAAACACGAUGGGAAGAUUGACAAGGAAGAAUGGAGAAGCCUUGUGUUGAGACAUCCAUCCCUUUUGAAGAAUAUGACUCUUCAAUACCUCAAAGAUAUCACCACUACAUUCCCAAGUUUUGUGUUUCAUUCACAAGUGAACGAUUCCUGAAAUGUGAGACAAAUCAAGUUUGAGAGUAUAUAUUGGGGAAGGGAAUGCUUUGGUUUGUUGAGACAAUUGUCAUUUUUUGUGCAGAAAAACUACAAAUUGACAAAUGUCGAUUGUGACUGUUGUCUCUUUGAUUUGGAUUUUUAAUUGCUAAAACACUUAUUUUGGUUGGUUAGAUGAGGCUCUUCAGCUUUGACCACUGGGUUGUGCAUGUUUGUUUGUGUGUAGCAGCUGAUCGGGGAUCAAACGAACUUGGCCCCUGUAUUUGCAUGCCAUUGUAUGUUUUUAAGGGAAAAUAUUGGUUUUUGGCUCAGGCUCAGGCUCUCACGCCCCACUUUUGUGUAACAUCUUUUAAUUGUUUUUUUCCUUCUAAAAUUUGUAAAGCCACCUCCCUCUCUCUUUCUUAUUUUUCUUUCAUUAUGUUUGGGCUCUUUUCCUGUAAUAACUAAAUUUACAGCCAAUCGUGGUUAGUCGAUUGGGAAUAAUGAAUUUAAUAUUUCUUUCUUUUAA